AUGCCCAAGGAGCGUUUGGAAAGUUUUUGCCUGCCUCAGACCGCGGCUCAAGCUCGAGCACUGAUAGUUUUUUCAUCUCUCGACCCUUCUUUUCUGACGUUGGUGCACAGGGAACUUGCGAGCAUUCGCAUCAUGCCAAAGAAAGCAGAGAGCGAGAUUGCAGACUUUCUGCAAAAGCUGGCACCGAACCUGGAGGACACGGUCCGGAGCUUCCUUGUUUCAACGUUGGCAGAGGCAGUUUCGGAGGACGAGGUGAGGGAGUGCUGCGACAAUUGGCUUGAAGAGGUCGAUGGAGGAUUCCAGAGUGUUUACGACUUCUUGGGCCUGGACGAAGCAUCUCCAACUCCCGAACCACCGAAGGCUCCGCCAAAGCUUGCAAGUGCUGCUGGCUACCCUCAGCAGCAGCACCGCGGGCUCGCUGAGGAAGCGAUCUCACACGAAGAGCACAAGGAGGUGGAAGAGGUGAUCGAGCCGGCACUGGAUAAAGGCAAGAAGUCCAAGGUGAAGGCGAAGCCCAAGAAAAAAGUCAAGGAGAAGGAGGGCUUAGAAAAGGAGAAGCAGCUUGACGAGCUCUUGGAAGUGCGAGCACGGGUCUCUCGCUUCCACAAGGAGGCGGUGGAAGACGAGAUGACCUCUGCAGUCGCCGAAGUUGACGUCCAUGAUCUUUGCAUUUCAGUAGCAGGCCGUGACCUGCUGAAGGACGCUCACCUGAAACUCUGCCCUGGUCAGCGCUACGGCUUUGUGGGCCGGAACGGUUCCGGUAAGUCCAGCUUGUUUCGGGCCAUGGCCUCACGAAGAAUCCCAGGCUAUCCUCCGAACUGUGUGACCUUACUGGUCGACCAGGAAGAUGUAGGGGAUGAGCGCACAGCUGUGGAGACCGUAAUGGCGGCACACCAGGAGUUGAGCUAUGUGCUGGAGGAGGAGUCGGCUCUCCAAGCUGGCGAACUGGGCAGCCCGGAGGCGGCCGUCAAGGCCUCGCGCGCCUACGCCUAUUUGAUGGCCAAGAGGGCCAGGUUCAAAGCCGCCAUGUACGAGAGCAAGCUGAGCGGACUCCGCGGGAAGGCUGCUCGGGAAGCCCUCCUCCAAGCGGAGCACGAAGAAGCAAAAGCUGCUGAGAAUCUCGAGGCGGAAGUCUCGUGUUCAGAGGCCACCGCAGAUACCCAGGCACAUGUCGUGGAGCUUCUAGCAGACAUCCGAGAGCGGUUGCGGAUUUUAGGUGCUGAUUCAAUGCGAGGGCAAGCAGAAGUCAUCUUGAAAGGCUUGGGCUUUAACGAGGAGGACCUUCGAAAGCCGACGCGCUUGCUCAGUGGAGGCUGGCGGAUGAGGGUUGCCCUUGCCAAAGCCCUGCUCGCGAAGCCCAACGUCUUGCUGUUGGACGAGCCAACGAAUCACCUGGAUUGGCAAGCCAUUCUCUGGCUAGAAAAGUAUUUGGUGUCAGAAGACAUGAACGAGAUUGCCUUGGUAGUUGUCUCUCAUGACCGGGACUUUCUCGACAAGGUCAGUACCAUGAUACUUCGCUUGUUUGAAAUGAAGCUCCAGGUGCACAACGGCAAUUUUUCAACUUUUGAGGAGGCCCACGAGAAGGACCAGCAGCACCGCGCGGAACUGGUGCAGAGGCAAUCUGAAAAGCAAGAGAAGGUUGAGAAGCAGAUCAAGGAGAUGGAGCAGCGGGGCCGGAAGACCAAUAACGAUAGCCUGUUGAAAGCCGCAGUGAGUCGAAAAACCAAGUUGGGCCUGGAUGAUAAGCCUUGGUCCUUCAAUCGUGUAGGCUUAGAGCGAGCCGGUGGCCACAAGUUCAAAUUCAGCUAUGCGACGCACUUCGAGGCCAUGGAGGAGAUGGCGGUGGAGUCCAAGGAACAGGCGGUGCGCCUGAAGCUGAAGUCGGCAGCACCCCUUGGCUUCGAGGCUGCGCUACUGCAGUGCCGGGAUGUGGUGAUCGGCUACGAGAAGGCCAAACCCUUGGUGCGGAAGUUCGACCUAGACAUCCGGGACAAGUCGCGAGUAGGAAUCCUUGGAGUGAAUGGGAGCGGCAAGACGACCUUGCUGCGGACGUUGGUUCAAGAUCUGCCCUGCCUGGCCGGUGAAGUGUAUCAGCAACCACGUGUCGUAGUUGGCUUCUUCAGUCAACAUCAGGCGGACAACUUGCCCAACGAUGCCACCGCUCUGGAGGCCUUAUGUGAGAGACAUCCCAAUCUUACAGAGGGCGAGGUGCGUUCUCACCUUGGCAGCUUCGGUUUGGGCCGCUUGGCCGUGUCGCCCAUCAGGUGCCUGUCGGGAGGAGAGCGUAGUCGAGUUGCUCUGGCGGCUGCCACGUUGAGGCCGCCACACGUGUUGGUGCUGGACGAGCCGACGAAUCACUUAGAUCUGCAGACCGUAGAAGCCCUCGGUAACGCCCUCAAGGACUUCCAGGGGAGCGUGGUCGUCACUUCUCACGAUAGACGACUGCUGCGUGAAGUCUGCACCGACUUUCUUGCAGUCCAGAACAAGCAGCUUGUGAAGCUCAGCCUGGAUGCUUUCGUCCGAUCCGUGCGAUAA